GUUUCUAUUGUAGUGAUUUGGCUGUCGGGUGAUAGUGUCUCGUUAAUCGCUCUAAUUGUAAGAAGUAAUAUUUUAAAGGAAGAAAUUAUAAAAUAUUUAUUUGGCGGGUUCUAAGUUUAGUGUUGCUGUGAUUUAUGUUUAAGUUUAGUGUCGGUUAUGUACGCAGUGAUAAGUAAGCGCAGGUUUUCAGUGUAAUCUAAUAAUAGUUUUAAAGUGCACAUUUAAUUGUAAGUGGUAUGAUUAUUUUUUUAUAAAAGUGGCGGGAGCAGUCAUGGGGCAAAGCCCGAGCUCUAUUCGGAGUAGGAGUAGCCGAAGGUCCUUCAGGUCCUUUGUACGGCGCUCCAAGUUGAAUAAGUCUAAUUUGAGCCACACAUUCAGUUUGCCACCUUCCGAGGAGUAUCCUGAGUUGAUGAACGUGAACUCCGCCACCGAGGAACAGCUGAUGACAUUGCCGGGGGUCUCUCGCCAGCUCGCGCGGGAAAUUGUCCGACACAGACAAAUGAUUGGCAGAUUCAAGCGCGUCGACGACCUUGCCUUAGUGUCAGGUAUUGGAGCUGAAAAGCUUGAGUUGUUAAGACCAGAAAUAUGUACAAAUUCCAAAAGAGAGAUAUCAAGGGCAAGUUCCUGUACUCAUUCCUUAGACAGUGUAAGAAUUACAAAUGAAAAUAAACUAUGUUCUGUGAAUUCAUCCAGUGUAUUCCAACUGCAAUGUGUGCCGGGACUCAAUCAAGAAUUAGCUGCUAAUAUUGUAGAUUAUAGAAAUAAGAAAGGACCAUUCAAAUCAUUGGAUGACUUAAUAAAAGUCAGAGGCAUAGAUAUUGUCAGGCUGAGUACUGUUAAACCACAUUUAAAUUUGGAAUUACGCAAGAGUGAGAGUGUGCAACAUUUAACUAACGGACAUGUAAAUGGUUGGAAAGAGACAUCUCUCGAUGACUCAUAUCUAAACAGGGAAACCAAAUCACUAAGGAGUCCUCAUAGAAAAAGUAUGUCUAUGCCUACAAAGUUCCCAAUCACAUUGCCAAAUGGUUUUGCUACGGCGCCGGUGAAUGAUAUAUUAGAUUUGCUGUCAGCCUACUCUCACCGUCCCAUUGUGGAGGAAGUCUUCAGAUAUGAGAGGGAUGGAGUGAGAUGCUGUCGUCUCGCAUCUUGGAACCUCCAUCAGCUCAGUGUCGAUAAAGUCACAAAUCCAGGUGUCAGAGAAGUGAUAUGCCGGACCAUUUUAGAAUAUAGAUUGUCAAUUGUAGCUAUACAGGAUGUGUGUGAGGAGUCAUCUCUACGUAUGAUAUGUGAAGAAUUGAACUCACCGGCUCUAAGGAGAGUGACUGAGUGGAGGUGGAAUAAUAGGUCUUGGAACUACUGCCUACCGAGUGAUGGAAAAGGAAGCAGCCUCGGCUUCUUAUACGAGAGAUCCAACAAACACGUGUCCGUGGAGGAAGUGACGCGCGCGAAACGAGACGUCAUCUCGGAACACGCUGCGAGGAUCCUGGAGACAGUUGACAGUAUUAAGAGUGACAGAUUGCUACUAUUCCCACAGGUGUUCCUACUAAAUGACCGGCCAUUAAUAAUGUUGAACGUCCAAUGUAAGGACCGUCUGAGUGAAGAGGAGAGCAACAAACUGAGAGAGAUAGCUGACAUGGCGCUCACUUCAAAAUUACAAUUAGCUUUCUUCGGGGAUUUUCUGAGUUGGAAAAAUGUACAAUGUUUACGUAACUGUGAAUCAGUUUUGGACACGGCGAUAGUGUCGUCUUUGGAUCCGAGCGUCGCGGGUCAGUGUGCUAUAUUGUGUGUAGGGGAGGUCGAGGACAGCUCCUUCAACGGACACGCGGGCGUCGUCAAGACAGGCCUCUGCCACCUGGCCAUACCUCGCGGCUGGUCGUGGGGCGGACCCGCGUCCCCAUUCUGUCCGAUAUGGGCCGAACUGAAUGUACCCGAUUGACGUUGACUAUAAUAAUAAAUUAUUAGAAAAAAUUCGCAUUUGUAUUGUAACGCAAUACGAUAUAAUUCUGUCUAUUUAUUUAUUUUUCUCUAAAGCGGCCAUCUUUACCGAAUGUCACUUUUGCCGCCAUUUUCAUCUUUAGGGUUGUAAUUUCGCUUUAAGCACAGAUUGAAUAUUUUUCUUAAACGAUGCCAUGUUUACAAUUAAAAUAUAACGUGUUUAAAUUAUAUAUUUACUGUAGAUUCUAUUCUAUUGAAUUAUUUAAUAAUAAUAAUGUAUAUAAUAAUUUUAAACGGAACCAAUGAAUUUCUUUAUUAUUACGUAAAUAAAGUAUUGCGUCCUUAUUUUCCUCAGUGUUUUGCCGAAUUAUAUUUCAAAUGUGUUAUUACGUUAUUGACAUAUAAUAAAUAUUCUUCUACAAAUCUUUCAUUAUCAAGACUAUAGAUGGAUGCCAAAUAAUAUGAGUGAUCGUUAGACUUCGGAGUCACUGAUUUGACGCUAAUGCUUUCCAUUAAUAGAUGUAAGCAUCUGUCUAUGUUUUAUCGAAACGGCGUACCUGAUGUGCUUUCCUUCGCUGAACGAAGUAAGUCGGUGUAUUAAGAGACAGAAGUUCUUAAUAUUUUUAUAUUAUUGUACGUGAAUUCGUAUUUACAACCGACGGAAAUCUCCUUAGUGCGGAAUUGUAAAUAUCUUUUUUUUUUUUAUUUUUUUUAACUGAUAUUAUUAAAUCUGUUCUAAGUGUUGCCAGUUUUCAAAACUGUCACCGCGAUCCGUUUAAUGCUAUAAUAUUAUUUUUAUAAUCCAAAUCAAAGAAAUCAAUAGCUGUGUAAUUUAAAUAUGUUUUUUUUUAUAUAAUAAAUUUCCUUCCGUUAUACAUAAGAAUUAUUUAGAUUUAUCGCAUUUUACCUACUUUUGUGAUAAAGAUAUAAUUUAUUUUUUUUGUAUGUUUAUUAGUUUUUAUUGAAUAACGAUUGUUACCGACGUGUAAUUUAUUUGGUGGAUUUUAAAAUAAAUAAAUGAGAUUUU